AUGAUCCUUGAACCGCCGCAGCCCUUCGAGCAGCUCAUCGAGCCGUACGAGCCCUUCGAGCCCCACGACCUGCACCGGUGGCCGUCCCGCCGUCUCAAGGCCUCCCCCCGUGUCUGCAAGCUCAAGCUCAUCGUGACUCCCACCAUGGACAAGAUGGACGCGAUCCACCCGGACCCGACUCCGGCGCCCCCGCCCUCCCUCGCCGACAUCCGGGAGCAGGUCGCCCGCCUCGAGUCGAUGCACCGUGCGCGCGGCAUGCCCCUGUCCGGCCGCAUCAUCCAUGUGUGCCACCACCUCCCCGUCGAGAUCAUCAAGCUCGGCACCGCCGAGGCCUCGGACCCCACCCCGAGCCUCCUCUCCCCCAUCACUCCCGAGUUCAAGCCCGAGGACACGGCGACGAUCAAGAGCCGUGACUCGAAAUGGAAGAUCCACGCCCGGAGGGGCCACACGGCCAUGAUCUCGGGCAUGCGCUCGCUGUCCGACACGCACCGCCAGGUCGUCGUCGGGUGGACGGGCGACAUUCUCUACAAGCCCGCGAACCCCGAGGCGCCCGCCCCCGAGACGCCAACGCCGCACCCGCACCAGGAGAAGAUGCUGCUCGCGGACCAGGUGGAGCUGCACCCGCUCAUUAAGGACGACUCGGAUGCGCACCUGAUGGUCUACAACAACGAGAUCACGCCGGACGAGCAGGAGGACAUUGAGGGCGAGCUGCGGCGCAUCGUCGAGGUCGAGGACCGCGAGGGCGAGGGCGCGCUCGCCUACGUCCCCGUCUUCCUCCCGCCCGAUGUGUCCAAGGGCCACUACGAGGGCUACUGCAAGACGACGCUGUGGCCGCUGUUCCACUACCUGCUGUGGCUCGACUCGACGGCGACGGUUCCCUCGCCCGACCCCUCGUGGAGCGCCUACGUCAAGGCGAACGAGCUGUUCGCCUCGCGGGUUGCGCAGGUCUGGCGCCCCGGAGACCUCAUCAUCGUGCACGACUACCACCUGCUGCUCACGCCCAAGAUGAUCCGUGAGAAGCUCGGCCACCAGCUCGGUUCGAACGGUUCCUGGAACACGAUCAUCAACACGAGCCCGUCCGCCGUGGGCAUGCAGCUCGAGAACUCGGCCAACUCGAACUCUAGCCGGGUCGCGGGCCUGCUCGGUAACGUCAACACGUCCCUGGGGCAGCACCUCCAGGCGUCAACCGACCCGCACGCGGCCGACCCCAUGAUUGCGCUCUUCAUGCACACGCCGUGGCCGAGUUCGGAAAUCUUCCGUUGUCUCCCGAAGCGCCGCGAGAUCCUCGACGGCAUGCUCGGCGCCAACCUCGUGCUGUUCCAGACCUACUCGUACUCGCGCCACUUUGUGUCGUCGUGCAUCCGCGUGUGCGGGUACGAGUCGACGUCGAACGGCGUCGAGGUCAACGGGCAGACGGUCGCCGUGUCGCACUGCCCGAUUGGCAUCGACGUGCAGCGCGUGUCGCACGACCGCGACAGCCCCGGCGUGCUGCCCAAGAGCGAGUCGCUGCGCUCGCUCUACUACGACAAGAAGAUUAUCGUCGGGCGCGAGAAGCUCGACGCGCCCAAGGGCGUGUACAACAAGCUGCAGGCGUUUGAAAAAUUCCUCCAGGUCUACCCCGAGUGGCGCGGUAAGGUCGUGCUGAUCCAGGUGACGACGCCGGCGCUGAGCGAGUCGCCCAAGCUCGAGCGCAUGGUGGCCGAGCUCGUGUCGCACAUCAACGGCACGUACGGCUCGCUCGACUUUACUCCCGUGCACCACUACCACCAGGCGAUCGAGCGGGACGAGUACUUUGGCCUGCUGAGUGUGGCGGACCUGGCGCUGAUCACGUCUCUGCGCGACGGCAUGAACACGACGUCGAUGGAGUUCAUCCUGUGCCAGGAGAAGACGAACAAGUCGCCCAUCGUCCUGUCCGAGUUCAUGGGCACGAGCGCCGCGUUUGGCGAGGCGCUCAUGGUGAACCCGCACGACCUGCUCGGCGUCGCCGAAGCGAUCAACCACGGCCUCAGCAUGAGCCACGAGGAGAAGGAGCGGCGGCACGCGUCGCUGUACAAGUCUGUCGUGGGGCACACGUCGCACACGUGGGCCGCCACCAUCGUCAAGCUGCUGCUCGAGAACGUCGGCAACGAGCACACGGCGCACGAGACGCCCGUGCUCGACGCGCUCGGCAUGUUGCGCGCCUACAGGCCGGCGAAGAAGCGCCUGAUGCUCUUCGACUAUGACGGAACCCUCACGCCGAUUGUCAAGGUGCCGUCGCAGGCGAUCCCGACCGAGCGUACGCGUGCGGCCAUUACCGCGCUCGCGGCGGACCCCCGCAACGUCGUCUACCUCAUCAGCGGGCGCGACGGCGACUUCCUCGAGGAGCACUGGGGCAUGGUGCCGAAUCUGGGCAUGAGCGCCGAACACGGGUGUUUCGUUAAGACGCCCGAAUCGGGUGAGUGGCACAACAUGACCGAGACGCUCGACAUGAGCUGGAUGUCCGAGGUCGAGGACAUCUUCCGGUACUACACUGAGCGCACGACGGGGAGCACGAUCGAGCUCAAGAAGGCGAGCAUCACGUGGCACUACCGGAAUGCGGACCCGGCCUUUGGCGAGUUCCAGUGCAAGCAGGCGCUGGACCUGCUCGAGUCGUCGCUCGCACCGAGGCGGCCCAUCGAGGUGCUCGUCGGCAAGAAGAACCUCGAGGUCCGGCCCCUGGCCGUGAACAAGGGCGAGAUAGUCAAGCGGCUCGUGUACGAGAACCCGGACGCGGAAUUCGUCUUUUGUGCCGGCGACGACAAGACGGACGAGGACAUGUUCCGGUCCCUGCGCACCAUCUUCCCGCCCGGCGGGCCGCGCGACGGCGAGCCCGUCGUUAUGAAGCCACCCGUCGGCAUCACAUCCACCAUGGAGCCGGACGAGGCCGACCUGCUCCCCGACGUCGAGAUCAAGAUCCGCCCCGACAGCGUGUUCACGACGACGGUCGGGCCGCCAGCCAAGAAGACGCUCGCGAGCUGGCACGUCACGUGUCCCGACGAGGUGGUGGACGCGCUCGAGUUUCUGCUCGACGGGAGGGACAUCAAGGAGCUGAGGCUGGGGGAUGAGUCGAAGCUCUAA